AUGUCACUUUCGCCAAAGUCUCAAUUUCCCGAGGACUUCUCUACAAAAAAGGCCGCAGAUCGCCCACCGAUUUAUUGGUCGCUUGCGUUCUCCCUUCCGAACUCUCAAGAGUUUAAAAAACAAGUGUUGGGUUUUAUUUGGUCGUAGGGCAGACUAUGGGUAACCUGUGUUGCUGCGUUCAAGUGGACCAGUCCACCGUGGCUAUCAAGGAACAGUUUGGGAAAUUCGACGAAGUUCUUGAGCCGGGGUGCCACUGCCUCCCUUGGUUCCUUGGCAAGAGGCUAGUUGGCCACCUCACCCUCCGUCUGCAGCAGCUAGACGUCCGUUGCGAGACGAAGACGAAGGACAAUGUAUUCGUCAAUGUUGUCGCGUCAAUCCAAUACCGUGCUCUGGCUGAUAAGGCAAGCGACGCGUUUUAUAAGCUGAGCAAUACACGAUCUCAGAUCCAGGCGUACGUCUUUGAUGUGAUCAGAGCGAGCGUCCCGAAGCUCAACCUCGAUGAUGCCUUUGAGCAGAAGAAUGAUAUAGCAAAGGCUGUUGAAGAGGAGCUUGAGAAAGCUAUGUCUGCUUACGGAUAUGAAAUUGUCCAGACCCUCAUCACUGACAUUGAGCCUGAUGAGCAUGUGAAGAGGGCGAUGAACGAAAUUAAUGCAGCUGCAAGGCUAAGGGUGGCCGCGAACGAGAAAGCAGAAGCCGAGAAAAUCCUCCAGAUAAAACGCGCAGAGGGAGAGGCCGAGUCGAAGUACCUCUCCGGUCUUGGGAUUGCUCGCCAGCGCCAAGCAAUAGUCGACGGAUUGAGAGAUAGCGUGCUGGGGUUCUCCGUCAAUGUUCCAGGGACCACGGCGAAGGACGUCAUGGACAUGGUCCUGGUUACACAAUACUUCGACACGAUGAAGGAGAUCGGCGCAGCGUCCAAGUCCUCUGCGGUGUUCAUCCCUCACGGCCCCGGAGCGGUGAGAGAUGUUGCUACCCAGAUCAGGGAUGGGCUGCUCCAGGCAUCUACUGUUAAUUAGUGAUAUCUCAGCAACAGUUUGAAGUUAGGAAACAGGUGUAUAUGUUGGUUUUAUGGCAGAAGAUUGUGUGGAACCUUUUUAAGCGUGUGAAUGCAAGUAGUAACUCUGGGUGCCUCCUUGAUUGAUAUCUAGUUUUAGUUCUUGCCUUUCAAUGUCUUGAUAGAAACAAAAGCAUACGAUGAGGUUGCUUCAUAUCAAGCCUUGUAGGGAACUGCGAGUAUAUGUUAAGUUUUAUGUCAGAAGACUGAAACUAUGCAAGUCCUACUUCUUGGUUUUU